AUGACUGGAUACAUCUUCGCGGACAACUCGGUUGCCGAGUCGGUCCCAGGCUUUAUCCUAUACAACAUCUCCAAGGGUAUCAUGGCGACAAAUUUAAGCUCAUGGUCUACGCGUUGGCUGCUCUGUCAGCAGAUCAACUCUCCUACCACGGUCUUGAAGAUCCGAGAUGCCAGCAAGGUCUCUAAGGAGACGAAUGUCCUGCAUGUUGCUAUCGCGGCCUCUGAUUUCAUCUUGAAUGUCGCUUUAGUCGUGCUUCCGGCGCUUCUCUGCGAUUGGUAUGGCUUCGCCGCUUCACCGCUUCACUAA